AUGGCAAACCCAGGUGUUUGUCCGUGUGGAUGCGACAUACCACCGUCUCGUGUUUCCUUACAUUCACCGAGCGAGCCAUGCUGUUGUUGCGUCUAUGAUCCUUUCAGUGAUAAUUCGAAGGAGUCAGAGAUCCGGGAUCUUUCGUUUGCCUUAAAAAAGCUUGCAGUAAUGCGCUGCCAAAUGAAGAAAUGGCGGAUGGAGAGACUUCAGCUUGAAAGCGAAACUAGGUCUCUGAAACAAGCUCUACAAUCAUUCGGCGUUGAUACGAACGUCGCGUUAAAACCAGAUCCUCUGAUUGUGCAUUAUCGCCAAGAGAACGAAAGACUACAAAAUGCAAAUGAAGAGCUCAAGGAAAAGCUGAAGAAUCUCGAUGAGAGUCUUGCCGAACGUGAGUGUUGGGAAGAUCCUGAAGAGGAGGUUAUAUAUGUCAGGGAGAAGAUGAAAACGUUGAAAGAACAUUUCGUUGCUGAAAAGAAACAAUUUAGAGAGAAAAUAAGCGAACUGAAAUUGAAAUUGGCUGAAGCGGAAGAUGAUACUUCUUGCGCAGCUUUGAAUCGUCUCAGAGCAAAAUUACGAGAAUUGAUGAAGAAUGGUGAAGAGGCGGACCGGCAGGUCGCGGAUGUCGUCGAAAGGUCUAUGGAUACGAUGGUUGAUCUUUCGAAAGGCUGCGAGGAAUUGAAGUUAGAUAACGAACGACUUUACCGGUUAUUGAAAGAUCUCGGUAUAAGUCCAGAGGAGAUCGAUGAAUAUCUGAAGAAUCUUGCCGAUGAUCCUGCAAUCUACAAAAAAACGAUCGAAGAUUCACCCCAGAACAAGUUGCUGAAUCUAGAAAAAAAACUGAAAGAUUGUGAGGAAGCUAUGAAAGGUAUGAGGGGACAGCUAGACGAAAAGAAUACCAUCCUUGAGUCUUUAACGAAAGAGUUAGACCAAGAGAGAAGAACUUCUAUCGCUUUUGCAUCGGAUCUCGAUAAGGUUUCCGUAAGCUAUAAGACUCUGAUGGAAGAAGUAAUUGCGGCAAAGACGGAACUUCAAAGAAAAGACGAAAAAAUAUCCAGUCUCAUUCGUGAACUUCGACAAUCGAUGAUUGAUUUGAACGAUUUGAAUAAGGUGCAGAGAGAAAUGGAGGAAGUUAAGCCUCAACUGUACAGUAUCACAGUUGAGAGAGAUGAACUUUUGGAUGAAUUAGUGAAAACACGUGAGAUCGUUGGAGAAAGAAAUGACGAGAUUAUCAAGAUCCUCGAAUUGAAGGCAAAAUCAGAAAAGGAUUGCAUUGCAAAGUUGGCCGAUAUGCAGGAAAAAAUGAAUGCAAAAUUGUCGGAGGAAACGAACCUGAAGAAGGAUAUCUCUGAUUUAGAGAAUGAACUUGUACGACUUCGAGGCAUGACACAAGAUGUAGAAGAGCAACGGGCACUUAACGAGGAGUAUAAUUUAAUUUCGGAGUUAAAUAAUAUGAAGCUCGAAGGGGACAAUUUGAAGAAGCUACUUGCCGAUGAAGAAAAAUUGAAAAAUGAUCUUAGUAAUAAACUCGAUGCAAUCGAAAUAGAGAUGGGAAACUUACGUAACGAAAAUUUAAAUCUCGCCAAUCAAUCGGAAGAAUUACAAAGGGAGAAAGAGAGGAAAGAGAAAGUUGAGGAAGAAAUUAAACGUUUUGAAAGUGAACUUGAUUCAGCGAGGGCUCAGAAGGAGAAGGCUGAAAAGGAAAAUGCAACAUUAACCGAGGAACUCGCGAAACUCGGCGAAAAGAACGAUAAAUUAAUAGCAGAAAACGAGUCACUCAAGAGAAAAAUAGAAGAGCUCGAUGGCGCACUCGAGGCGUUGAAUAAAUGUAAAGAGGAAAAUAAUAGUUUGAGAGGUAGGAUAAACGAGUUGGAGUCUAUAAAUAAUGCAUCGAAGGAAGAGAGUGAACGAGCAAAGGCGGAUGCUGAGAGGAUAAAGAACGAGAGUAUAGCAAUGAAGGACGCUCUUGAUAAAAUGAUAGAGGAGUUGGAUAAACUUAAAGAUGAAAAUGAACGGCUGAAAAUGCAAAAUGACGAGAAUAGUCGGCUUAAGCCCGAACUAGAAAAUUUGAGGUCUGCUAAUGAGACUAUCAGAAAAGAAUCAGAGACAUUAAAGGCAAAGCUGAACGAAACGUUGGAUGAGUUAAACGCUGAGAAAUUGGCGAGAAGUAACAUUGAGAAAGAAUUGAUGGCAUUGAAGAACGAGUUAAAGAAUUUGCUCGAUAAGAUCGACAAAUUGAAGGAAGAAAACGAAGCUCUCAAAGAAGAGAAGGAAGAGUUGAAGAAGACACUCUUGAAGUUUGAUGAUGACAUGUCAAAAUUGAAGAACGCCAAUUGGGAUUUGAAUAAAGAAAACGAAACGUUAAAGGCUCGAAUAGCCGAUUUCGAGGCAAAGAUUAUUAAAUUGGAAGAAGAAAUUGACCAUUGGAAAACGGAGAAUUGUAAAAUCAAUUUAAAUGUUGAAAAGUUGAAAGGGAAUUUAGAGAAAGCGAUGAAAGACUUGGUCGAAUGUCAGGUAGCUAAGAAAUUAUUGGAACAACGAGUUUUUGAAUUGGAGGAGGAAAAUUCGAAAGUUCAGAAAUACAAUGCAGACAUACUGUCCAACCUGGAUCAUCUAAAGAAGUCUCAUGAACUCGACGAAUCAUCGAAAGAAGAAUGCUUAAAGGAUCUCAAUAACACAAGGGAGGAGAAUAAUAGUUUGAAGGAUGAAUUAACGGCAUUGAAGGCCGAAUUAUUGAAACUUAGAGAUGAGAACAAAGAUCUGAAAAUUUCGCUCGCAGAUACUAUGAAACGGUUGACGUCGGCCGAAGCUGAAAUAGAACAGCAAAAGGCUGAGAUAUCAACAUUGAGAACUGAGAAUACUUCGAUGAAAGGGGAAGUUGAGAGAUUGAAGGCCGAGAAGGAGAAAUUCUCGGGAGAAGCAGCCAAGUUAGGAGCGGAUUUGGCGAGGUUGCAAAACGAGAACGACAACCUAAAGAUCGGCCAACAGAAGCUAGAGGAAGAUUACGGUAAACUUCGAGGUCACGGAGAUGGGCAAAAGAUCGAGAUCGAUAAACUGAAGUCCGAGUUAGCUGAGGAAAGAUCGAACAUUGAUAAACUGAAAACAGACUUAUCUUCUUGUCGGAAAGAAAACGAUGAAAUAAUGACAGAGUUAAAAAGGUUAAAAGAAGAGAAUGAAAAGUUGAAGAGUCAAUUGGAAUCAGGUAAACAAAUUUUAUUAGACACGGAAAGUAAAUUGCAGAAUAUAGAAAAGAAGAUAUCGGAGAUGGAAAAAGAGAAAGUUAGUUUUCUCGAUGAGUUGAAAGAUCUAAGAUCGCAGAUCAAUAAACUCGAAGGACAAUUGGAGAACGAAAAAAAUGCUAAAGAAUCUGCAAUAAAAGAUUCUCUAGCUUGCAAGGAAGAAUUGGCUGCAUUGAAGGAAGAAUUGGCCAAACUGCGUGCCGAAACGGGAAAAUUGCAAGCUGAAGCGGACACAUUGAAAGCCCGUGCAGCCGAUGAGAUUAAGCUGCUCGAAAGUAAACUUCAAAAAGAAGCAGAUUUGAAAUUGGACAAUGAGAAAUUGAAGAAAGAUCUUGCAGAGUGUAACAAGAUGAAGGAUGCUGCGUUGAAGGAAAUAGAAACUCUACGAGGUCUCGUUGCUGAACUGGAGAAAAAAUUAGAUCAAUGUCAAAAGGAUACGGAACAAUUAAGAUCGGACAACGAUAGAUUAAAGAAUGAUAUUAGUAAGACACGUGAAGAUCUUAAAGCAUUGGAUACGAUUAAUCUUCAAUUGAAGAAAAAGAUGGCGGAUGAUUUAGAUGCUUCGAAAAAAGAGAUAGAUCAAUUGAUAUUGAAGUCGAGGUUAGAGUUAGAUACUCUAAGUAAAAAAGAUGAUAGUGAUUUUACAAUCCCAAUCAAGGCGUUGAAGGAAAAAAUAGAACAGCAGAAUAACGGUGUGAACCGUUUGAGGGAUUACAUUAUGUUUUUACUUGGAAAAAUGGAAGAAAAGCCGAAAAUGGUUUCGUUCUUCGAAGAAGAGGACGAUGAUUUCGUUCGAAGAUUAAUUCCACCUUUCGAUGGAUUAAUUCCGAUUUCUCAUGAACUCUCCAAUAAUAUUUAUCGUGCUGAAAUCGAAAUACAGGAAUUGGAUGAUUUACGAAAACCUACGAGAGAGGAUGAUGUUUUGGAAGAGAAAUUAAUGGAAGACGAAUUGCUCGAAGAGGAAGAGAAGCCUCCGCUCGAUGUCGAUGAUUGGUUAAAAUCAUUAACACUAACAGAAAUGGCGGAUCUUCACGAUAAAAUUUGUUUGCUAACGUCAAGUAUGGUUCGAGACGAUCGCGAUGCACCAACCUGCAUUACAGCUUUUAUCGGUCCUUUUCCCGGACAAAGUCCUUCUCAAGAAGAUUACGAUGUUUUGAACAAAAGAAUUGCAGCGCUACAAAGGCAAAUAACCGAGAAACAAAUGGAGGCGUCUUGGAAGCUGCAGGAAUUAAAGAGGGCUCUUCGUUUCGAGCAGGCGAAUCUUAUACGAAUAUCCGACGAAAUGAAUUUAGAGAGAAAACGAAAUCUGGCUCUUCAGCUUACUAUGGACGAUGGGAUUCUGACUUCGGACGAAAAUUAG